AUGGACCCCAGUUUGCAAGUCGAGAAUUCCGCCUAUUCGCAGGACAAGUACGACUUUCGACAUGUGACAUCGAGUCCGGAGUUCCCUCGUGCCAACGGCUUGGCGGAGAAGAGAGUUCAGGUGGUGAAACGGAUUCUGAAGAAAACGAACGAAGCAGGCGAAUAUUUCUGGCUGGGUCUCCCGAAUUACCAGUCGACGCCCCUGGAAGGUGGACGGUCAGCGGGAGAAUUGUUGCAAGGACGACAACUAAGGUCAACCUUGCCAGAUUUCAACGUCCAAGAGAAGGUGAAAGUGCAAAAGCACAUCCAGUUUGAUCGUUCAAAAGGGCCGCUUCCACCCCUUAAAGAAGGUCAAGUCGUGAGGAUCAAGAGGAAAGCUUGGUCGCCGAAAGCCAAAGUUAUUGGUCAGACGCACCCGAGAUCGUACAACGCUUUAACCCAGGGGAACAAGCUUAUUCGGCGGAACCGGCGGCAUCUGUUACCCACAAAGGAAACUUUCAACCCCGAUGAUCUUGGUGACCUCAGCGACGAUCACGUUCGUCACUCCACGCCGGCUACACCAGUGAAUCCCGGCGAGAACCCCACGCAGGACGUGCAAGUGACAGUGCAACCAAGUGCAGGUGAUAACCUAGCUCAGGUGACACCGCAAGCGUCCGCUCUUCUGCCUAGAAGAUCGAGCAGGCAGAGACGGCCCCCCAAGCGCCUACAAUACGACCAGAACUUUAACCAAGUGUCUUGA